AUGCCGGUUGCCGUUGGCUGCAAGCGCGAACUGCCAUUUCUCCAGAGGAACCUGGCUCGUGGCCUCAAAACGUCACGGGACAUGGGAAACGUUGCCUCUGUCGCCCGCAACCUCGCUGGAGACUCGUGCCAUGAGCCCCUCGGUCCUGGCGGCCGCGAGCUGCGUCCCCACAAACGUCGCCGCGUCGACUCACCCGCCGAUGAGGCCAUGCUGAUCGCCAACGCCAAAGCCAACGCAAAGUCGAACGCCAUGGUCCCCUUGCUCGAGGAUCAGCUGUUCGUCGCCACCGACGUCGGGCCCGUCCAGCGCACCCUGCGCGUCGACGUUUUGAGAAUUGUCCACAAAGACCUCCUCAGGGCCGCUGGCCCCGGCGAGUGGCCGCCCCUGGGCCUCGUCCCCAGCGCCGCCGAUGCAACAACGCCUGCCCCUCGCCCUGGCACCAACUAUCGGAACUGGGUAUUGGCAGGAGAGUUGUCCGACUUGUUCAGCAAAAAGCGGUCCAUGGUGGAUUUGAAGCUGAGAAAGUCGCCCGUCAGACUAACGCCGACCGACUAUCUCAUCGACAUCGAUGCCGGCUGGUCUACCGGGUUUGAUGCAGGUGGCAUGAAGCCUCUGGAGAAGGCCGUCGAGUCCUCCAUCCGAGCCGAAGGCACCCCCCCGCGGGCUCUGACGAGGCCACGCGGCGUUGACGACGACGUCGCAAUGCAGAGACCUGGCUCGGUCAACGGCGUCCACAAUAUUGAAAUCCCGGAUGACGAUGACGAUGAGCCUGAUGGCGAAGGCACACCAAAUCGGUCUCUUCGGACCCGGGGCAACAAGCAAAACUACAACCUGAAAGACUUGAGUGACAAAGCCCUUGGAAGGAAUAAAAAGCGACGCAAGAGGAAAAGUUUGCCGACGGUCGGAGAUGAAACAGGAAAAGUCUGCUACGACCUGCCCGCAGAACAGGUCAACUUGGAAGACUUCCAAUGCAUAACGUGCGGCCAGUCACACAUGACGCUUGCCGACCUACAGGCGCAUCUAGAGCACCGGCACCCCGAAUAUGACUACGUCUGCGACCCGCAUGCCAAAAGCAUCCAUUUCCAGGUCGUGCAUCGCAUAGAGGCCUUUUCUUUUGACGAAGAUGGCACCUACGAGCUCAAAAAGACUGUCAAGGGCUUCCAGUUUGGUCAAAACAGCAAUAGUGACGAAUCUUGGCUCAAGUCAACGUUUGGGCUUCCAAAAAGUAGUGCGCUUGCUGAAACGCACGUGAAGAACUCUCCAGCCAACGGACCAUCUUCCGAAGUGGUCAAGAGGAAGGGCAAAGUCAUCACGGUGCCAUACACCAAACAGCAGCUUUUCGACCCCGUCAGCCGGAUGCCGCUGGAGCCGGGCAAGCCGUUUAUCAGGCACAAACCCGACGACAGAUGGCUCACGCAGUGGCACCGAGAUGCCAUUGAAGACUUUUCGGACAUUCCAUUCCACGAAAGGGAGUUUAUGACCACAUGGGACGAGUUCAUGCUCACCCAGCGCAUCUCCUCGGACGUGUACCUACCGAGCUCAUGGCUGGCUUUCCUCCGACACAAGGCCGAGUGGCUAGUUUGCUCCGAGUCUCGCAUGAUUGAGUUCGGCAAACAUAUAUCCUACCUUAUCGCGCGGGAUGCCCUGAAUGACCAGACAAUCAAGCAGGGCUUCCAGAUUAUCAGUGCAGCGAAGCUCGCGCUGCAGAACUCGGGGGCCAGAAUGCAACAACACGCAUCGCCUGUAGAGUCUCCACCGCGCAAAAGCGCGGCCAACUGCCAGACAUGUGCGAGACAGAUACUGGGGCCUAGGCUGCUUCUGUGUGCGAAUCCCAAUUGCAAAAAACCAGCGUUUCAUCGUGAUUGCGUCAAGCGCGACGCGCGCAUGGACGUCGAGGAUCCAGCCUGGCUCUGCAACGUCUGUAUCGAUAUACCAGCAGAGCAGCAGAUUUAG